AUGACGGAGAACAAUAUUCCCCAAAUCUCAACGCCUCAGGCGGCGCCCGCCGCCGUGCCUGUCACUAGCGAGCAGACACAUCCUAUCUCGCAGGUCCCUGCGACCGCGCCCGCCUCGGUGACCGCGACGGCCGCUGCCGCCACCGCUGCUGUGAGCUCGAUGAACGGUGCGGGCGAGCAGCUCCCCUGUCAGUGGGUGGGCUGUACCGAAAAGUCACCUACCGCGGAGGCACUCUACGAACACGUGUGCGAACGCCAUGUCGGUCGCAAGAGUACCAACAACUUGAAUUUGACGUGCCAGUGGGGAACAUGCAACACCACCACUGUCAAGCGCGAUCAUAUCACUUCCCACAUUCGAGUGCAUGUGCCUCUCAAGCCUCACAAGUGUGAUUUCUGUGGCAAGGCCUUCAAGCGCCCUCAGGAUUUGAAGAAGCAUGUCAAGACCCAUGCCGACGACUCGGAAAUCCGCUCUCCUGAGCCUGGCCUCAAGCAUCACCCAGACAUGAUGUUCCCUCAGAACCCCAAAGGCUAUGCUGCUGCUGCUCACUACUUUGAAGGUCCGAUCAACGGUGUCGGCGGACAGCCAUACACACAUGGAGCCCCUCAGUACUACCAGACUCAUGCGCCUCCUCAGCCCGCCAAUCCUCACUCAUACGGAAAUGUCUACUAUGCUCUGAGCCAAGGUCAAGAGAGUCAACAGUCUUAUGAUCGCAAGCGUGGAUACGAUGCCUUGAAUGAGUUCUUUGGUGAUCUCAAACGCCGGCAAUUCGACCCUAAUUCCUACGCCGCCGUGGGCCAGCGCCUGCUCGGUCUUCAGGCACUUCAGCUUCCCAUUCUGAACAACGGACCCGUCCCCGAGUACCAGCCCCAGCCUAUGCCGGCUAGUGUUGCUGUUGGUGGUGGCGGCAGUGGUUACAGCCCCAGUGGUGGUCCUGCCCCUGCUUACCAUCUCCCGCCGAUGUCGAACGUGCGGACCAAGAACGACCUGAUCAACAUUGACCAGUUCUUGGAGCAGAUGCAAAACACUAUCUACGAGAGUGACGAGAACGUUGCUGCCGCUGGCGUGGCUCAGCCUGGUGCUCACUACGUCCAGGGUGGCAUGAGCUACCGUGCUACCCAUUCUCCUCCCUCCCAGCUUCCUCCCAGCCAUGUCACUGCUGCCGGCUCUGCCCCUAUGAUGGCUGCCUCGGCUCACUCUCCCUCGACCGGCACACCCGCUUUGACACCGCCAUCCAGCGCGCAGUCCUACACUUCGAACCGUUCUCCAAUCUCCAUGCAUCAGCACCACCGCGUUUCUCCCCCUCAUGAGAGCGGCGCGGGAAUGUACCCUCGUCUGCCGUCGACCACCAUGUCUGACGGCAUGGGUGCCGGCUACCCGACUGUAUCCAGCGCAGCUCCUCCUUCCACUCUCAGCGGUAUCUUUGAUCACGAUGAGCGUCGCCGCUACACUGGAGGUACUCUGCAACGUGCGCGCCCUGCUGAGCGAGCGCUCGAUGACAACAGCAUGGACACUACUCACGACGGCAAGGAGGAGAGCGAGCGCACUCCUACCAAGGAGUCCAUCGCUGCUAGCCUGAUUGACCCUGCUCUGUCCGGCGCUUCACCUGAUCCCGAUCAGGAGGCUGCCCAGCGCACUGCUCAGGCUGCCACCGAGGUAGCGGAACGCGACGGCAAUGCCGCGUGGGUUGAGAAGGUCCGCUUGCUGGAAAACCUCCGCCGCCUGGUUUCCGAGCUUCUGGAGCAGGACAGUUUCGAUGGGUCAGGAAGUCACAGUGGAAAUGAGUCUCCCGCAUCAGAGAUGGACGCUAUGGAGGGUGUCGAGACCAGCCGGGUCUCUGCCUCUCCCGAGCAAACCAAGGAGGAGCCUGAGGCCGUCCUGUACCCGACACUGCGCGGAGUGGACGAGGACGGAGAUGCCAAGAUGCCCGGCGACGGGGCAUAG